AUUGGAACAUUUAUAAAGACCAUUGGUGUAAGCGCCAUAAUUGGCCUGGUGGUUUAUUACAUCGCGCGAUUCUACGCUAAACGAUAUAACUACCCGCCUGGUCCCAUACCAUUGCCACUUAUUGGCAAUGUACUUAUGUUUCGAAAUUACACAACUCAUUGGAAUGAGGAGAUUGUAAAACUGAGCAAGAUCUAUGGCCCGGUGUUUACCCUAUGGAUCGGUCCCUUACCAUUCGUGUUUAUAUGCGAUCUGGAUUUGGCCAGGGAGGCUUUCAAUAAAAGAAGCAUAUUUUCAAAUGAAAAACAUAGAGCUGUUAUUUUUGAUGAUUACGGCCACAGUUGGGAAAGUUUACGCCGGAUAUCGCACACCACUAUACGCAAAUACUCCAAAACACAGGCAUUGUCUGAAGUGGUGGCCAAAAACGUAAGCGAAAUAAUUGACAAAAUAGUCGCCACCGAAGGCAUCGGUAAACCAUUUCGACCCAAACUAUACGUUUACAAUAUAUUUGACAUUGAGCAACCUGAAUUGAAAAAAUUUAAAUACGUCACCACAGACUUUCAAACAGACUUGGGUAACUCAUUGUUCUUAUACGAGUUCAUACCAGUGCUGCGCUAUUUUAUGGCCAAUCCAUUGAUUAAAUACAAACAAUAUUUCGAUGAAGUGAUGAAUUAUUCGCGUUAUAUAUACCAAAAACACGACAAAACAUAUGACAGCAAAAAUUUGCGCGAUUUUUGUGAUAUACUUAUCGCCGCUAAACACAAAUCCAUUGCUGAAGACAAACAGACUGCACCCUAUUUUACCGAUGAUAACCUACCGGCUGUUUUAAUUGAAUUGUUUAUGGCUGGCACCGAAACAACCCAUACAACUUUCCAGUGGGCACUUUUAAUCAUGGCAUAUAAGCCUGAAUAUCAGGAUAAGUUGCGCGCAGAGAUUAGCCGUGAGAUCGGCGAUCGGGUGCCAGUGGUUGAGGACAAGUCACGGCUCAACUAUUCGCUGGCCUUUCUAUCAGAAAUUUUGCGGCACAAGAAUCCGCUACCGAUUGGUGUAUUUCAUAAGGCAUUAGUAGAUAGCAAAAUAGGUGAACAUCCCGUGGCCAAAAACACCCAGAUAGUGUUGCACCAGGGGGCAAUUAUGAAAGAUUCAAAACAUUGGAACAAUCCAGACAAAUUCGAGCCAGAACGAUUUCUUGACGAGCAUGGUCAAUUUCUACAAACAAAACCCGCGGCUUAUAUGCCGUUCAGUUACGGUCGCCGCAUAUGUCCGGGUGAAUCGCUGGCCAUUAAUGACCUAUUUUUGGUCCUGGUUAGAUUUAUGCAAUUAACCAGUGAGUAUCGCAUUGAGCUGCAUAGCGAGCAUGGUGAUCCAACGCCAGAUGUACUCGAACCGGACAUUGGGGGUCGGAAGGGGGCGGGUGUGCUAUCUGGUAGAGGACAUGUCAAAUGGACAGUUUGCCGAAGACUCGCAGCGAUGGGCGCUUAUAAGUACAUUCAGGAGAUUUGGCGCCACAAGCAGUCGGAUGUGAUGCGCUUCCUCUUGAGGCUGAGGUGUUGGCAAUACAGACAGUUGAAUGUCAUCCACCGCUGCCCCCGACCCACCCGUACAGAGAAGGCCAGACGUCUGGGAUAUCGGGCCAAACAGGGAUUCGUUGUCUAUCGGGUCCGCAUCCGAAGAGGUGGCCGCAAGAAGCAGGUGCCCAAAGGUGCCACUUAUGGUAAGCCGAAGAAUCACGGCGUGAAUGAGCUGAAGCCGCGCCGCAACCAUCAGGCCAUCGCCGAAGAGCGCGUCGGCCGUCGUGUGGCCAAAGCCCUACGCGUGUUGGGCUCCUAUUGGGUGACACAGGACUCGUGUUUCAAAUACUUCGAGGUGAUUUGCAUCGACCCGUUCCACAAGGCUAUCCGUCGCGACCCGAAGGUGAACUGGAUCUGCGCGCCCACACAGAAACACCGUGAGCUCCGGGGGCUGACCAGUGCCGGCAAGAAGCACAGAGGACUCGGCGGACGCGGUCACGGCUACAGCAAAGUGAUCGGCGGCUCCCGUCGGGCCAAUUGGCGCCGAAGACAGAUAUUACAGUUGCGACGAAAGCGUUAAAUCACUUGAGAUAUUAAGACAUUGUUUUUGUGACCGAUUUUUAAGAUAAUCUUUUCGUUUUUCGCAACUGUAUUUCGGAAUUAAUUAAUAAAAUUAUUAAUUUUUCUCGUGA